AUGCAAACGAUCAAGUGUGUUGUCGUGGGUGAUGGUGCUGUCGGAAAGACAUGUCUUCUUAUAUCGUACACCACAAACAAGUUCCCUGCUGAUUACGUGCCAACGGUGUUUGACAACUAUGCGGUCACUGUGAUGAUUGGAGAUGAGCCUUAUACGUUUGGAUUGUUUGAUACCGCCGGACAGGAGGACUAUGACCGUUUGCGUCCAUUGAGUUAUCCGUCAACAGAUGUAUUCUUGGUGUGCUUUUCCGUCACGUCACCUUCGUCUUUUGAAAACGUGAAGGAGAAGUGGUUCCCAGAGAUCCACCACCACGCGCCAGGUGUCCCUGCCAUCAUUGUUGGAACCCAAGUUGAUUUGAGAGACGAUCCAAUCAUCAUUGAAAGAUUGAAGAGACAAAACGCUGCUCCAAUAAGACCAGAGGAAGGUGAGAAACUCGCAAGACAGCUUGGCGCAGUGAAAUACGUGGAGUGCUCUGCACUGACGCAAAGAGGCUUGAAGAAUGUCUUUGAUGAGGCCAUAGUGGCGGCCCUAGAGCCAGAAGCUGUCCAGACAAAGAGAAAGAAGAAGUGUGUAAUCCUUUGA